AUGGAACCUGAUCAUGGGUCCUUUUCAGAAGGAACCCAUCUUGACGUUCCGAAGCUUGAUGGCACCAAUGGGAAUCGCAGCCCGGCCACAGUCCGUGCGGUAAAAGACAUCGCAUUUGGCAGCGUAGCAGGUAUGGUUGCAGAGGUAUUUGAAUAUCCGCUGGACUUGGCAAAAGUGCGCCUACAGUCGCAAGUACUUGAUACCGCUACUCGCUUCGGUGGACCUCUGGACUGUCUGGUCCAGACGUGGCGAAACGAAGGCAUGAGGGGCCUAUAUCGCGGUCUACCUGUCCCCAUUUUCGGCGCAAUGGCAGAGACAGCAGGCCUCUUUCUUACCUACAGUCAAAUGCAGUCAAUUCUCCUCCGGCCUAUCCCUCCAGAACUGGGACUUGCCGCGGCCAGUUCCGGAUUCCUGACCAGCUUUAUUAUAACUCCCAUCGAGCUUGUCAAGUGUAAGAUGCAGGUACAAAUGCUCGCAGCUCCGCCCAGAAUCCCCGACUUCAAAACACAUCCUCCCACCUUCAUUCAUGCCGCUUCAGUCAACUCCACGGUCCCACGUCAACAUCGUCACACGGCCUCCCGGCUUUUUCGAGAGCUCCCAGGACCAUUUGGUAUAGUAUCUAAUACUGUCCGUGUUUCAGGAGUCAGGGGUCUCUGGGUUGGACAUGUAGCAACCAUAAUCCGGGAGACAGGGGGAACCGGUGCAUGGUUUGUGUCGAAGGAGUUUUUUGCGUCGCUUUUGCUGGCCCGUCGCACACAAGCAUCUUCCCUUUCUGGACCACGGAGCUCUUUCACUGAAAUCCCUCGCGAUAACGUCGAGCUUCUCCCCUGGGAAUCCGCUCUCUCAGGGGCGCUGGCAGGUGCCAUUUACAGAUUAUCCCUCUACCCCGCGGAUACCGUCAAAUCAGUUAUCCAGACUGCCGACGAUUUGCGACCACCUGAUACAUUCACUCCUUCUGAAAAGCUUUUGAAUCGCCCAGGAUCAUUCUGGCAGACAGCGAAAGCGAUGUACAGAACACGGGGCGUACGGGGACUGUACGCUGGUUGUGGAAUGACAGUCGCCAGAGCUAUUCCAUCAAGCGCAAUUGUCUUCGUGGUGUACGACGGCUUGAGCCAGCGGUUUUCAUAA